UUUCCCAUUUCCGAGAGGGAGAGAAGGCCGGAUUACUAUUAUUAUUAGAACUCCACAGUAAAUAAGAUUUAAUCUCCGACGAGGUCUCAUAGAAGAGAGGGAGAGAGAGAGGGAGAUCAAAACCCUAGAUGGGCGCCGCCUCGGCGGCGGCGUUGGUGGUGGCGCUGUGGUGGGUGGCGUGCGGCGGCGCGGGCGCGGUGUGGCUCGACCUCCCGGCGACGGGGACGAAGUGCGUAUCGGAGGAGAUCCAACCCAACGUGGUCGUGCUCGCCGACUACGCCGUCGUCUUCGAGCAGCACCCCGAGGGCCACCCCACCAUCGCCGUCAAGGUCACAUCGCCCUAUGGAAACACUCUACACCACAAGGAAAAUACAACAGUAGGUCAGUUUGCGUUCACGACUACAGAAGCCGGCAACUACCUUGCAUGUUUCUGGAUAGAUAGUGCUGACAAAGGAGUAGGGACAAGCGUAAAUCUCGACUGGAAGAUCGGUAUUGCAGCGAAGGACUGGGAUUCCGUUGCUAGGAAAGAGAAGAUUGAGGGAGUCGAGCUAGAGCUGAGGAAACUGGAAGCAGCGGUCGAGGCCAUCCAUCACAACUUGUUGUAUCUCAAAACCAGAGAAGCAGAGAUGAGGGAAGUGAGCGAGAGGACGAACUCCAGGGUUGCGUGGUUCAGCAUCAUGUCCCUUGGCGUUUGCAUUGUGGUCUCCAUUCUGCAGCUGUGGCAUCUGCAGGGCUUCUUUCAAAAGAAGAAACUCAUUUAGAUUGUUUGAGAAUUCUAAAUUCCGAUGUGUCAGUUUUUUUCUCUUUUCUUUUUUCCAGGAACGUGACUGACUAUACAGAGUAUUGAGGAUCAUUUAUUUUUGAAUUGGCACUCUAACGAGGAAUGUGACCACAACAUAAUAGUGAUGCAAGAGGAUUAAAAGGAGAAAACGUAGAGACAACAGCACCUGCGUAUUGUCAUUGCUAGUGUAUGUUUUUGUGUCC